ACUGCGGACACAGUACAGGAGAUGACCAGAGACUGCGGACAGUACAGGAGAUGACCAGAGACUGCGGACAACAGCACAGGGAUGACCAGAGACUGCGGACAGUACAGGAGAUGACCAGAGACUGCGGACAGUACAGGGAUGACCAGAGACUGCGGACAGUACAGGGAUGACCAGAGACUGCGGACAUAGUACAGGAGAUGACCAGAGACUGCGGACACAGUACAGGAGAUGACCAGAGACUGCGGACACAGUACAGGGGAUGACCAGAGACUGCGGACAGUACAG